AUACAAUACGUAAGGAUAAAGUGUAUCUGGAACAAGAAGAAGCUAAAAUUGUUGUCCCAACACAACAAAAAUUAUGGAAAUUGUUUCAUCCAAUAUUCACCAAAUACAUUCACGAGCAAAUUGUUGGGAAAUCAGAGUUGAUAGAUCUGCCACGGAGAUGGUCUCUGUCGUCACAAGCUCUAAAUGAAAUGCAAAUGAUAUUUGAUGAACAUAUUGGAAGUGAUCAACAACUAUUAAAUGAAAUAGCAUCCAAUUUCGUUCAAUCUAAGCGUCGAAUUUUUGAUUUUUCUAGGCCGGUUGUCUUUAAAAAUGAACGAACUGGUCUUCAAGUUUAUGUACAUGGAAUGACAGCAGAGUUAAUUUAUCAAUUUGGUUUUUAUCAAAAUGGACCAUAUCGUGUUGAACCAUCACUAUUAUUAAAAAUAUUAAACGGCAAAUAA